CCAUUAGUGAUAGGUUUGACGAGCUCCAAGACUUUAUUUAAGAUGUCGUACCGUCCUUGAUACUUGGUAGACGAAAAGGACAAACGUUCCGGGGUGAGCAGAUAGGGAGAACCCCAGCGAAUGUCAUAGAAGUCCGACUCGAUAUGCCGGUCGGAGUAAUUCGCGAUGAACAUCGUGCCUUAGCUGCGCGAGUGAAUUCAUGGGUGGAGCAUCUAUACCAACAAAGACUUCUCGACUGGGAUGCUGCGGGGCAGCAGGGCCAAGAGCCAACGAGAAACGGCACACAGCAGGAGUUGCUGAAUACUCAGGGUCCGGGGACCACAGUUGCAGGGGCUAGGGCCUACGAAACUAUUAAGCGCUCUGCAUGCUUCCCGGCGAUAGCAAGAUUAUAUCAAAUGGGGCUUAUAGGCUACGACGACUUGCUAACUGAGGCAGUCAAAGAAGAUGCUAAUGGGGCGACUGCUAUUCUCUCAAAAAGUUUCAAUGAGCAAACCCAACGCCAAGAGAUCACCCCAGCAUUCCAGAACGAAAUGUCGAACGCUAUAAGCUAUUCGCAAUUUUGGAUGCAUGAGGCGGAAUUGCGCCGGACCAGCCCAAAGUACCAGCAAUUGGUUCAAUAUAUCAAUCAUAUCAUCGACCUGAAAACUAAUGACUGGACCGCGGCAUCUAAUCUUCCUAAUCCGGGGUCACUCCCGAAAGACGGAAGCCGUGUUAGGAAUAUGAUAGUAUUUGCUGACUCUCAGGUAUCUGCCUGGAUAUUAUUCAUGCUUCUAUUUACCGAUUUUGGCCCUAGGGUUGAAUACCUGUAUAUUCACAGUGGGCAGUCUGUAGCUGAACGUGCUCCGGUGUAUCAACGGAUGCAGAGUCCCGUAAACCCUGCUGAUACAAAUGCCUUGAAUAAGAUAAUGAUAUCAACCUACGAACUUUCUGGGAAAGGUCAUAACCUACAACGCGCCAACUACUGCAUCCUAAUGGAGGUACCAAUAUCCACGGACGUUUUACGGCAAGCGGCAGGACGCGUAGACAGACAAGGAGAGGAUAUGACACCUAUCAUCGUUAAAUUGUGGGAUGGCGAGAAUUUCUGCGAGGUAAACCGAAUAAACAGAAGUAGGAAUGUAGAUGCAUUAACCGCAGACGUCGAUAUCAGCGAAUUCGUGUAGUUUGCAUCGUCACAUCUGCUUUCGACGUAUUCGAAGUAUGAUGUAGAUAUAUAUACCUAAGAAUAUACACCCUUAGUAAAAUAAAGCCCCUCAGUAUUUCUUGCUCUUAACUUUAUAUUCUCGAUCGGAUCCAAUAUUGAAUAGAUUAAGAAGAUUACCGUACUUGAUGAUCAUAGCCAGUGUGAAUAUACCACAUACACGGUGUUCACCCCCUUUUCCUACCUAGGUACCUAGGUAGGUACCUAAUCCUUAAAAGUCCAUGUAUUUAUAGGGGACUUCAGCACAUGACACCCUGUAAUUAUAGUGACAUAGUAGAAAGUGCUACCAUACUGUAUAUUUGCAUGGCGUUUUGACGUAUUGGUGGUUUUAUGUUUAUUGGACCGUCGUAGUUUGUAAGUUCUUGUCUGUUUUCCAUAAUGUAAUAUAGAGUGGUGAAAUCCGUUGUUGUCGUCGAUGGGCCUUGCGUUCGAUUCGCGGAUGAUGCACUUUUUAUCAUUUUAUAAGUCUUUCCGAAAGAAU